GAUGAUUGUGCCUAUGUACAACGCCGAAUGUGCUCCUCCCGAAAUCCGCGGUUUGCUAGUCGGUCUACAACAAUUCUCCAUCGAGUUUGGUAUCCUUAUCUCUUUUUGGAUUGACUACGGUACAAACUAUAUUGGAGGAACAGGCGAUUCGCAAAGUGAUGCAGCCUGGUUGGUGCCUCUUUGCCUGCAGCUUGCACCCGCCCUCAUCCUCUUCGUUGGUAUGCUCUUCAUGCCCUUCUCUCCUCGAUGGCUUGUACACCACGGUCGCGAAGAUGAAGCUCGCCGCGUCAUUGCCAUGCUUCACGGCGGUAGCGGCACGUCGGACCACAUGGAUGAAGUGAUUGAGCUUGAAUUCCUCGAAAUUAAGGCCCAGUCAAUGUUCGAGAAGCGUUCUACUGCAGAGAAAUUCCCUCACUUGAAGGAACAGACUGCCUGGAAUACCUUCAAACUGCAAUUCGUUGCCAUCGGCUCCUUGUUCAAGACUAUGCCCAUGUUCCGUCGUGUCAUUGUUGCUACUGUGACUAUGUUCUUCCAGCAGUGGACUGGUAUCAAUGCGGUGUUGUACUAUGCGCCAAGUAUCUUUGGUGCGUUGGGAAUGUCGAGUAACACGACAUCUCUGCUGGCCACUGGUGUCGUCGGUAUCGUCAUGUUCUUAACCACCAUCCCAAUGAUGGUCUACGUUGACCGAGUCGGCCGGAAGCCAGUGCUCAUCGCCGGUGCCAUUGCAAUGGGUAUCAACCAUCUAAUCAUCGCCAUCAUCUUCGCCAAGAAUCAAUAUCAAUGGCCAACACACCACGCCGCCGGUUGGGCUGCUAUCGUCAUGGUCUGGCUCUUCGCAGGAAACUUUGGCUGGUCUUGGGGUCCAUGUGCCUGGAUCAUCGUCGCCGAGGUUUGGCCACUAAGUGCCAGACCUUAUGGAAUUGCAUUAGGUGCUAGUUCCAACUGGAUGAAUAACUUCAUCGUUGGACAAGUAACCCCGGACAUGAUCACUGGUAUGAAAUACGGUACCUUCAUCUUCUUUGGAUUGAUGACUCUCUUGGGUUCCGUAUUCGUUUGGCUGUUUGUCCCUGAGACUAAGCAGUUGACCCUUGAGGAGAUGGAUGUUAUCUUUGGUAGCCAGGGUGUGGCUGCUUCGGAUAAGGAAAGAAUGGAUCAGAUCCGUCGUGAGUUGGGGUUGGUGGAUAGAGCGGCUAGUGACGAUUUCCAGACUACUGAAGUCAAGGAGAAUGAUGUCAAGGCCGAGUAGAUGCUCUUGUGCCUCUGAAUCGUCUAACGUUGAUGUAUGUAUGGGGAUGGUCUUCCCAGGCGCAAGAACAGUCCCCCCUUGAUCAUAAUGUAUUUUUGGCUCCAGUUUGUACAAUGAGCUAUGACACUGAGUAUUCCCAAGCAUAUACCCAAUGCCUAACGUAUCGAUUUUAUCAAUCUAAUAAUUAAUGGAUUUCUUC